CGGGCGGGCGCCUUGGGCACGUCCCCGGUUUUCUGACUGGAAAGGCGGCGCAAAACACCCGAUUUUGCGCUUUGCGGCUUGUUCCGUGCCGCAGGUUUGCGUGGGGGUAGCUCCGAGCUACAGGGCGCUUGUGGGUCAGUGGCUGCAAGCUGGCAGGGGUGGGUAGUCCUGGUUUUUAGGCAGCAAACCUGUUGGCCAGGCUUAGCCCGGUGUAACCUGAACGGGAAAGCGUUUGCUUUCCUAACAGUCUUUCGUUCAAACAAUAAACAAAACUGAAACUAAUAGGUUUCUCCAAAAGACAGCCAGCAGAGCGAACCAGGGUGUGAACUUGCUCUAGGUAGCUGAACACCUGAAAGGAAGCACCACUCCUGGCUUUGGCCUCACACCUCUGAGAGCUCGGUUUCUGUCACGAAACAGGUGGCCUGUUAUAAACGCUUCUUCAAUAUUUUGUUUGCAGAAUGGAAGAGGAAUUGGCAGCUCCUUCCACAUCCACAGACAAGACGGACAGUAUGGAUGUGGAUGGAGAAUCAAAGAAACUAUUGGGUUUAGGACAGAAACACUUGGUAAUGGGAAAUAUUCCAGCUGCUGUUAAUGCGUUCCAGGAAGCUGCGAGCUUACUGGGUAAAAAAUAUGGUGAGACAGCGGAUGAGUGUGCAGAAGCUUUUUUUUACUAUGGAAAAUCUCUCCUGGAGUUAGCAAGAAUGGAAAAUGGUGUGCUGGGAAAUGCCUUAGAAGGGGUGCAGGUUGAAGAGGAAGGAGAAAAAGCUGAAGAUGAUUCUGUGUUACCGACUGUUGAUGAAGAAGCAAGGGAGGAGUUGAGAGAACAGGUAUAUAACGCCAUGGGGGAAAAAGAAGAAGCCAAAAGGUCUACAGAAGAGUCUCCAGUACUAUCUGAGAAGGAAAUCAAAGAGGAGGAUGUUGAAAUGAAAGAGAUCACAGAAGAAAAACCAACAGAAGAAGCAAGUGCUGACAAGGAUGUAAAACUUGAAGAGGCUGAAGAGAAGAUGGAGGUUUCUGUGGAAAAAGAAGUAGCUUCAGAAGAGCAGAAGCAGCAGGUAGCUGUGGAAAAGGAGGCUAUGAAAGAGGAGGCAGCUGUGGAAGAGAAGGUAGUGGAAAAAGAGCAAAAGAUGGUCCCUGAAGACAAGGUAGCAGAGGCAGCUGAGGAGGAAGAGAGAACGACAGAAGUGUCGGACAAGGAGGUGAAGGCAGCUGUGGAAGAGGCUGAAGCUGGAGAAUUGGCUGUGGAAGAGAAGGGAGAGGUGGGAGAGCAGACAGCUGAAGCAACAGAAAAAGAGCCAGCUGUGGAAAAGAGAGAGGCUGUAGAAGGGCAGGCAGAGGCAGCUGUGGAAGAGAAGGCAGUAGCACAAGUGACAGCAGAAGUGCAGGCAGCAAUCACUGUGGAGCAGAAAGAAGCUACAGAAGGGGAAGUAGAGGCAGCUGAACAGAAGGUGGAGGAGAAACAAGAGCCAGUAGAGACAGCUACAGAAGAGAAACCAGAUGAAUCCAAAGAGACAGAGUCCUCAAAGGAACCUGUGCCCACAGAGGGCAAAGAGCCAUCUAAUGACAUGGAAGAAAAGGCUGAAGUAGCUGCUAAGGUAGAGAAAGAGGAAAAGAAAGGUGACCUGAUGGAAGAGGGUGAAGGUGCUAAGGUAGAAAAAGAAGAGAAAGAUGGCCUGAUGGAAAAGGGAGAAGAAACAGAAGAAUCUGAAGAGGAAGAUAAAGAAAAUGAUAAAGCUGAAGAUGAUAAGGAGAAUGAGCUGACAGUGGAAGACAAGUCUUUACAGGAAAGUGAGGAGGAUGAAAUUGGAAAUCUUGAGCUAGCCUGGGACAUGCUGGAGUUAGCAAAAGUAAUCUACAAGAGACAAGAAACAAAAGAAGCUCAGCUCCAUGCAGCUCAAGCUCAUCUAAAGUUAGGAGAAGUUAGCAUUGAAUCUGAAAACUACACGCAGGCUAUAGAAGAGUUUCAGGCCUGCCUGGCCCUGCAGCAGAAGUACCUGGAGGCUCACGACCGCCUGCUAGCAGAGAGUCACUACCAGCUGGCGCUGGCGUACCACUACAACAGCCAGUUUGAUGAGGCGGUUUUGCAGUUUGGUAAAUCCGUAGAAGUCAUUGACAAGAGGAUGGCAAUGCUUACUGAGCGAAUAAAGAAGGCAGAAAGUGGAUCCCCUGAAGAUGAGAAGGAGAUUGAAGAACUGAAGGGACUGCUUCCUGAAAUUAAAGAAAAGAUAGAAGAUUCAAAGGAGUCUCAAAAGAGUGCAAGAGUAGCUGAGCUGGCACUGAAAGCAACUCUGGUUGGAACUACAUCUGGCUUUGCACAAAGUGAAGACAGUGGUUCUGUUUCCACAAUUCCAGUAAGAAAAGCAGCUGAUGGUGCACCUCAGUGUGUUCAGACAUCUCUCACCUAGUCAGGAAAAAGAGGAAACCAGAGGAGGAGACUCAACAGGGAGACAAUGAAGCUAAGAAAUCUAAACCAGAACCGGCUGUCAAUGGUGGUGGUGGUGAUGCUGCCCCCAGUGGAAAUGAGGUUGCAGAAAAAAUGGAAGAGGAGACAGAGAAAAGGCCACAAGCAGAAUCAGGGGCUGCAGUUGAAAGCACAGUAUGAUAAUUCUUUAACCUUGGACACUCCUCUCCUUACAAGGAAAAUGGUUUUGUAUAUAGUGUAUUUUUUCACUUUUUGGCAACUUUUGUAUGACUUCAAUAAAGAUUGUAAGCAAA